AUGGAAAUUCAAACGUCAGAAACUAAAUAUCUUAACUUGACGAAUGAAAAAAGUAUCUUGUCCCUUAAAGUACCUGAAAAUGUAAUAUCUAAAUGGUUUGAAGGAAAGAGGCGUGAGCUCAAACUAUAUAUCGUCCUUGAUAUCUCAACUUCGAUGUCUGGAUCCGGGUUGAGUCAAGCCAAAGAAUCCAUUCUCAAUUUAAUGGAAUCAUUAUUUGAAAAUUGUAUACUUACCGAAGAGAAUAUCACAUGUUUUUUCUUUCAAUCAACUUGUCAAGUUAAGAGGUUUGCCGACGAUCGAAGCCUAUUAUGGAAAAAUGGUGCCAUUGAAAAGUUUUUUGAAAGUAUUAGAGCUUUUGGAGGAACGAAUUUUGAUCCUGUAUUUGAAAUGAUUGUUGAACAAAUGAAUGAUGUUAAUUCGGAUUUGGCCAUCAUCUUCUUUACUGAUGGACAAGGCCGUUAUUCUGACGAUUGCAAACAGAAACUUGAAGUCGCGUUAUCCCAGACCGGAUUCAAUACAGAAAUUCACACGAUUGGAUUCACCGGAAAUCAUGAUGCCGCUCUCCUUUCAUGGUUAACGAAACUUGGUACAAAGCAAGGAAACUUUCAAUAUGUGAAAUCUUCAGACGAAAUCAAAUCAACAAUGAAAAUUACGUUGGAGUUGUUGGAAUUAGGUGAUCGCACUCUUUAUAUGAAGUUGGGAGAACGUGAACUCUUGCCCAUCGGAUUUGAUAACGAAGGUCAUGGACAAUUGGUUCUCACGGGUGACGUCGCUAAAGUUGAAGGACAAAAGAUUUCGAUAUUCAAAGAUCAAGAGAGCAAUGAAAAAUUUGAUUUUGAAUCUACCCCAAUUCAAAUCCAACCCGAUGAUCAUAUGGCCACAUUGUUAACGAUUCCAUUUAUCCAAUUUGAAAUUACGCGUCUUUCAAACGAAAUAAUCAAUUGCACGAUUGUUAUUGAAGAGGAAAGACGCAAGCGUUUUAAGGAGAUUUUGGAGGAAGCAAACAAUUAUGAUGAACAAUUGAACAAUAUUUUAAAUACCGCUUUCAAAACAAAGUCUGCGACUCGAAAUGAAAUAAUUCAACAAUGCAUGGAUUCGAAGGGUACAAUUUUACAAUUUAAAGAUAUAUUAUCUGACGCUUUAAAAGGAACGUUAACAAACCAAAAGAUUGCUAGUUUUAACAAUUUGGCAUAUAAAUUUAUCACAAAGCAACGAUUAAAAAAGAAGCUCGAUGACCGUUCCGUCAAGAACAUCGAAAGAAUGGAGGAGGUUGAAAAGAAAAUUGAGGAAAUCGUUCGUACAUUGGACUUUGAUGAGUUAGAGAGCCAGGAGUCCGAAGAAAAUUUGUUAACUUAUACCUGCACGGUUACAACAGAUAAUUAUAUUGAAGCCAUGAAAGAGGGAGAGUGCAUAUGUUUAACCCUUGACGUCGAAAGAUCCGAAGCUGCUAUAGCGGAUCCAUCUCAAAUUACAAUUAAAAAAAUAAAUCAGACCCUUUUAAGUUCUGGUGCUUUCUUAGAUUCAAUUACAUUUGCCUUGGCUGAUAAAUAUGAUGCCCAAUCAGUUCAUGGUGGAUUUCAAAGAGGGACAUUUGGUGCUAGUAUUCUUCAAGGAUUAGCUCGCGAAAAUAUAACUGGGGUUCUUCCGUUAUACAUUAAUGACAAACAUUGGUCAAUUGCUCGGGAAAAAAUUAAGCCUAUUAUUGGAUAUUUGGUAACUCUCGAUAUUUUUGGUUACACGUAUAGUCAAAUCACCACAGUUCCAUUCUUGGUAUUGUUCAAAGCACUUGCCGACACUUCAACGGAGUUUAAGAGACGUCAAGCCAAAUGGGUUUUGGAAACUUGUGACGUGAUUUAUAAACAAUCCAAGAUUCUUCGCGAGGAUAACAAGAAACUCUUUGAAAACUACAUAAAGAUCCCAACAAACAGAACAAUUGAACAUGUGCCAAAUAAUUUAAUGUUCCUUGGACACCUGCUUUGUGCUUUGCGAUGUGGAGAUGUUGACGCAAAAGAUUUGCAAAAAUGGUUACAUGAAGGUUUAAUGAAGAUUUUGAUUGAAGAGUUCAUUCGUAGAAGACUGAACAAAUGGCAAGCGCUCGAAUCGGAGAUGGAAGACAUUUCCAAAGUCUUGGGAAUCAAUCAAAAUGUUUUUAUCGAUGAGCCUGUUAAAGAAUUUGAAAAGCAUUAUGUAGCAUUUGUUACGGCUAUUAUGUCUUCUGAUAAGAGUGCAAAUAUUAUUUAUGCGGACGCAUUUAGGAAAGCUCUUGGUGAUUCUGCUGAUUUAAAUGAAGUCAAUGUUGAUGUCGAAACAAUGGAUGAACCGAAAGUAGAGCUCAAAUCACCGACGGUCAAAACACUUCAAUACGAUCCUAAUACUUAUAAAAUUCCCGAUCAUGCUUUCAGUAUAAUCGCCAAAAUUAAAAAAUCUGUUUCUAGAUUCGUAGAGGUUAUGUUGCGAUUUAACAAAAUUUUUGAGACAAUAAUAGCAGAUCCUAAUACUAAUUCAUCAUUUUUGGAUAGUCCGGAAUUUGAAUUUGAAGAGGACAAAACACCCCUUACCGAUGCUUUCUUUGAUCAAUACAGUUCAAAAGUGAUACUGGCAACUUUCUUGCAAGCGUUCUUACAUCGACAAAAUUCAGUUAGACGUGAAGCCGUUGAGGCCGAUCCACCUAAAUAUUAUGAACCAUUCUCUGAAGAUACCGCAGAUGUACUGCUUGCUGCUCAUUUUAAUGAAUAUGUUUCUAAUGCUUUGAAAAAGAAAACCAAUGAUGUAAUAAAAUUGUAUACAAGUCAAAAAGAUGACAUUGUCGGUAGUUCUUUCUGGAAACUUGAUAAAAUCGAAGAAGCGGCAGGUCUCUUAUUAAUAGAAGUGAAAUUCAGAGGAAACAAGUUACAUGGGAAAAUACUUAAAUCGUUGCAAAAACCAAAUAUGUCUUUAGCCAAAGAAAAAAUUGAAAUGGUCAUGUCAGGAACAUGGCAAGGCGUUACUUUAUUUGCAGAUAAACCAAAGCACCCUGAGGAUCCUGUAAAAUUGGCCAAAUUUAUUGACAAUGCUCAUUGGUUCCCAAAUCGUCAGAAAGUAUACCGAAUGAUAACAGCGCACAAAUCAUAUAUUCCAGACAUUAACUAUUGGACUCGAGUAUUACCCCCGUAUAAAGAAUAUAUUGAGCAUCAAUUUGAUGAUGAGUACAUUAAAGCAAAGACAAUAGCGGGAAUUGAAGCAAAGAAAGCCAAAAAACUUAAUAAGCGAAAGCAAAAUUGA